AGGUAAAAACAAGAGAGUAAAAUCUUUCACUGAAGUCAUCACUAACCACAUUACUGGCUUUGAGAGGUGAAAAACCACUAAACGGUUUAAAUUGUUUGUGAAACGAUGAAACUUUAGCUGUAGAGAUGAAGACAGAGCAGAUUUCAGGAAAUGAUCUGCCAUGUCAUUCAAUAUGCAGCAGAGAACUUUACAGAUUUCCUGUGAACGCGGUGACGCUCACAGUCGAGGUGCUGCGAUAUCCACAGGCAGAUUUCAACUCGCUCAAAUUUUUAUGCAUUCGUGGACGGACAGGUGGAAAAGUGCAUCAGGAGGUUUAGCUGAAAAUUCAGGGUCCUGCAGAAGCCUCAGCAACCCCCAAGCAAACCCCGAUUUACAUCUAGAUCUCAAUACCAGCAACCAGAUACUAAUCAUGGCACAGUUUCCUUGUUCAUCUCAAAGGAAUGAAGAAACGAAAAAACAGCUACAUAAAAUCAAAGCAGAAAGCAUCUUACUAAAAGGGUUCAUCACCAGAUAUAUUCUUAACUCCAGGACUGUAAUUGAUGGUGAAAGACUGAAGAAAGUGACAUUUGGAGAAAAACGUAUGGAUAAACCUCAUAAAACCAUGUUAAUAGUUGGAGAAACAGGAGUGGGGAAGUCAACUCUCAUCAACGCCAUGGUCAACUACAUGCUUGGUGUUGAGAGUAAAGACAGAAUUUGGUUUGAGGUCAUAGAGACAAAAGAAGAGCAGUCUGGUUCUCAGACUCAUGCAGUCACGGUAUAUGACGUGUUUACAGAACACUGCCCAUUUUCUCUGACCGUCAUCGACACGCCUGGGUUCGGAAGCACAGAAGGAAUAAAUGAGGAUUUGAUUGUUGCUGAAGGUCUUCACGAGUUAUUCAAAUAUAAAGAUGGAGUUGAUGAACUUAACGUCGUGUGUCUGGUGAUUUCAUCCAGCACCGUUCGACUUACUGAAAGGCUGCACUAUGUUUUCAAUGCAGUUCUCUCCUUAUUUGGCAAUGAUGUGGAGAAAAACAUAGUGCUGUUUGUCACACAUGCACCAACAAAGCCUACAAAUGCCAUUAAAGUCAUCAAGCAGUCCAAAGUCCCAUGUGCUCUGAUUGCUAAAGGAGACCCGGUGUAUUUCAGGUUCGACAACGGUCACUGUGAAGACUUUAAUAAUGAGGAAAUAUCAGAUAAUUAUCAAGCUUCAUGGAAUCUGUUGAACACAACCAUGGAGAACUUUCUCUCAUUUCUGCAAGAACUUAAACCCAUAAACCUGAAGAUAACUGAAGCAGUGCUGAAAAAACGCAAACAACUGACUUCAUCCAUCUUUGGUAUAAAGGAUAAGAUCAUACAGACAGAACAGAAACAGAAAGAGCUCGAGCAGACGAAAGAGGCUUUAAAGGAACAUGAGAAAAAAGGUGACAAAGAUAACUGGGAAUAUUACGUGGAUGAACCUUACAAGGCAAAAGAAUCUAUAAAAUACAGCUUGUGGAACAUGUUCACCACAAAAGCCAUGUGCUGUCGAGUCUGUGAGGUGAACUGCCAUUAUCCAGGAUGCUGGUGGGUCAGUGAUCUCUCAAAGUGUAGCAUGAUGUCUGAGGGGAAGUGCACACAUUGUGGGUGUCCCGUUAGUAAUCAUGUUAAAGAGGGCAAAAUCUAUGUGCCGAAGACAAGGAGGGUGAAGAAGACUAAGGAAGAUCUGAAAAAGAAAUAUGAGAUCAAGUCUGGAGAGAUCAAGACUUUGAUGAGUAGAAUAGAGAAUGAUAUGAGAAAAAUGGAAAACGAGAAGAUCCGCCUGGUGGAGGAAUGUUAUGAGUGUGUUGUCUUGAUGGAGGAGAUCGCCUUGAAGAGUGACUCUGUGUUUACACUGCAGCAUAUGGACUUCCUGAUUGAGAAAGUGAAGGAAACCGGAAACACAGCUCGAGUGCUUAAACUUCAAGAGAUGAAAAAUAAAAUGGAGGAAAAAUCAGCAAAGGCAUUGGCUGUUUUAAAAUCCCUGCAAUAAAUAAGAUGUGCUAAAACUGUUUUUCUUUUUAAGAUUGUGAAAAUUUCUCUUUAUUGCACCAUCACACUGAUCCCUGGAACAUAAUUAGUUACAGUACUGAUAAAUAUAACAUUCAUAUAAGAACAUUCAUUAUAUGUUCACCAGGAUUUUAAGUUAGCUUAUUUUCGCUUAACAUGAUCUGGUCAUUAAAUAUGAAUCUCAAAUGAGCUUGUGGAGCUCCUUAGAGUUCUGCAUGGAGAUUAAGAUUAAACAGCUCUCAACAGCUUUCUGUUGGUUAGACAAGAGAAGAUGAGAAGAAACUGACUUUGUUGGUGAAUUGUUCAUACAGUAUUUAUAUCAAGUCUUUGUCGGACUAGGAACCUGUGACGAGCUCUCAGAACCCUCAGGAACAUUUGAUAUGAUGAUUUUCGCAGUGUUAAUCUUUGUAAUAAAUGUCUAAUCCUCCACAGCAUCCUUUAAGAUUGGUCUAUGUUCACUUUCAUUAAUGGAUUCCUACAUUACCCACAAUACCAGUCGACUUCCUGAAGAUAGUGGGUCAAUGGGGUUUGGCUUCAUCCUCUACUGAACGAGGGAUGCAGUGAUCCUCCAGUCCUUUCAUUCUGACCAGCUCGUCCUCCACGUCCUUCUCUGUUACGCUCUGCUCAAACAGACCAAACCUCUUCCUGUGAUACCUGCUUAAGUGCCGUCUACACUUUCCUGUCUAUUAAGAAGAAAGACUCCAUAAUCCCCCAAUUCUGUGUUCCUGGACUGUGGUAUCUUCUGUGUUGGACUGGUAACAGCUUGCACAUGCCUCCUGUGGCCAGUAGGGCUUCAGGAUGAAUAAGCUUUGCUCAUAAACAGUAACAUAAGCAUCAUAAACUUACUCUGUGUAUGGUUUACUUUCCUGUCUCUCUGGAAUUAUUGUGUACUCUGCAUGUGUACUUGUGUGCUACAUUUAUACCCCACACUUACUGCAUGAACUUUAAUGGAUCUUCUUGACCUCUAUUAUCUGUAGGAGUUGAUGCGUUGUGCUUCUACCACGUGAUUGGCCGAUUGGAUAAAUGCAUCAAUGAACAUGUUACAGGUGUUACUGUUAAAGUGGUAGAGUUUUUUAAUCUUAUAUUGGUAGAAUCUUAUAUUGAAAUAUGUUAAAAACUAGACACAAUUUUAAUUUUGUUAAAGAAGCUUUAGAUAAUGAUCUUAGUUUUAUAUCUAGCUAUAACAAAUCAAUAAAAACUGAUUAUACUC